GAAUAAAGGAGGAGGAGGAGGAGGAAGAGGAAGAGGCUGGUGACAGUCAGGCCUGGAAGGAACCUGUAAACUGGAACACACAGACAUGGAACCUAGCUACUUCCUGGCAACUAGAGCAAGGGGCUCCUGUUUCCGAUGCUGCACGUACAGCCCGUACACACCGUGUCUUGGGACACCCCAGUCAGCCACAUGGCUUCCCUGUGCCCCAGCCCCUGGCUCCCUCUGUUGAUUCCAGCCCCUACUGUGCAACUGCUGCUGUUCCUGCUGCUCCCGGUGCCUGCCCAUCCCCAGAGCCUGUCUUGGAUGCAGGGGGAUCCCUCCAUGGAAGGAGGUUCAUCCGGGGAAGAUGAUCCACUGGGGAAGGAGGAUCUGCCCAGUGAAGAGGGUCCACCCGGAGGGGUGGAUGCACCUGAAGUCCAUUCUAAGCCAGGAGAGGAGGAGGGCUCCCUAAAGUUAGAGGAUUUACCCACUGUUGAGGCUCCAGAACAUACUCAAGGACCCCAGAAUAAUGGCCACAGGGACCAAAAAGGGGAUGACCACAGUCAUUGGCGCUACAGAGGCAACCCGCCCUGGCCUCAGGUGUCCCCAGACUGCGCUGGCCGCUUCCAGUCCCCCGUAGACAUUCGGCCGGAGCUCACCUCCUUCCGCCACGCGCUCGGGCCGCUCCAACUCCUGGGCUUUGAACUUCAGCCUCGCCCGGAGCUGCGCCUGCGCAAUAAUGGUCACACCGUGCAGCUGACUCUGACGCCCGGCCUAGAGAUGGCACUGAGUCCUGGCCGGGAGUACCGGGCCCUGCAGUUACAUCUGCACUGGGGCUCUUCGGAUCGCCCUGGCUCAGAGCACACUGUUGACGGCCAACGUUUUCCUGCAGAGAUCCACGUGGUUCACCUCAGCACCGCGUUCUCCAAAGUUGAGGAGGCCUUGGGGCGCCCUGGAGGCCUUGCAGUGUUGGCUGCCCUUCUGGAGGAGGGCCCAGAAGAAAACAGUGCCUAUGAACAGUUGCUGUCACGGUUGGAAGAGAUUGCAGAGGAAGGCUCUGAGAUUUGGAUUCCAGGACUGGAUGUAUCUGCACUUCUACCCUCUGACCUCAGCCGCUACUUCCAAUAUGAGGGGUCUCUGACCACACCCCCCUGUUCCCAGGGGGUCAUCUGGACUGUGUUCAACCAGACAGUGAGGUUGAGUGCUAGUCAGCUCCAUACCCUCUCUGGCUCCCUGUGGGGACCUGGUGAUUCUCGUCUACAGCUGAAUUUCCGAGCCACACAGCCUUUGAAUGGAAGAAUGAUUGAAGCCUCCUUCCCCUCUGAAGUGCACAGCAGCCCUGAGCCAGUCCACACGAGCUCCUGCUUAGCUACUGGGGACAUCUUGGCCCUAGUUUUUGGCCUCCUUUUUGCUGCCACCAGCAUUGCCUUCCUUGUGCAGAUGAGGAGGCAGUCCAGACACAGAAGUGGGACCAAAAAGGGUGUUAGCUACAGCCCAGCUGAGAUGACGGAGACUGGAGCCUAGAGAUUCAGAACUCGAAUGUGACAAGAAACCACUUAAUGGAAUCUGAGGGGACACAGAAACUUUGUCCUGCCCUGCCCAUUAUACAGUUCCUUUUUUUUUUUUUUUGGUACCAGGGAUGGAACUCAGGACCUUGCACUUGUGAGGCAGGGAUGGCACCACUGAGCUAAAUUCUCAGCCCCUAUACAGUUCCUUUUAAACCUCCAAAAUACUUUUUUCUUCUUUUUUGUUCUUGAAAACCACUCCAAUAGGAUCUUGUAGUGGGGGGGCAAGAUUAGACUCAACUCACAAAUUUUAAAAAAAUAAAUACUUCUAAGCCAGGUAUGGUGGCAUAUAUCUGUAAUCCCAGCACUCUUGGGAGGCUGAGAGAGUCAAGAGGAUCGAAAGUUUGAGACAGCCCAGGCAACUUAGUAAGACCCUGUCUCAAAAUUUAAAAGAA